CGUCAGGGCGAUCCGCUUUUCAACAGGUGAAGUUCACGAACACGCUGCGUUCGAAAAAAAAAAAAGGCCCGCAAAAAGAAGAGAAAAGUAACAGGAUAAGCGGAUUCUAUUGAUACGUUUGAGAUUGAAUUUACGCCUAAGUCAAGGCUUAACUGCGACUGUGAGAGUCCGCCGAACUCAAGGCACGAUACGAGGCGUUGUGGAGAACUAGAAAAUCCCAUGGAUACUUUCGUCCUCCGGAGGUCGGAUCCUGCGCGCAUGCCUGCAACCUCUGGGACAUGCAUUGGGGAGUGCGCCCGUCCAUCCAAUGGGCAUUCGCGAUAAGACAGCAGAAUCUUCGCUUUCACGAUAGGGCCGGGGGCUAACCUGAUCCGAGCAUAACUUAGAAUAGUACUUUCCCCCGUUCUACUUGAUCGGUAUUCAUUCAUCGCCUGUCUCCUUUGGGAACCGCGUCAGGCCACAGCAGCAUCAUGGCAGAGCAGCAGCAGUCGCCCGCCGCCGUGCGCAUCACGGCCAUGGCCAGCGGCAACGGCUCCAACUUCCAGGCCGUCCUGGACGCCGUGGCCGAUGGCGGCAUCCCCGACGCGCAGGUGGUGCGGCUCUUUGUCAACCGCAAGAAGGCCUACGCCCUGGAGCGCGCGGCCGCGGCCGGCGUGCCGUCGACCUACUACAACCUGAUCGGCGCCGGCUUCCAAAAGGCCGGCGACAGGGACCCGGAGUCGGUCGCGCGCGCGCGCGCCGCCUACGACGCCGCCCUGGCCGCCCUGGUGCUCGAGGACCGGCCGGACCUCGUGCUGCUCGCCGGCUGGAUGCACGUCUUCUCCGAGGCCUUCCUGCGGCCCCUCGCCGACGCUGGCGUCAAGUGCAUCAACCUCCACCCGGCCCUGCCCGGCAGGUACGAUGGCGCCGGCGCCAUCGAGCGUGCCUUCGAGGACUUCCAGCAGGGGAAGCUCGAGGGCGGCAAGACCGGCAUAAUGAUUCACUACGUCAUCGCCGAGGUGGAUCGUGGCGAGCCCAUCACGGUGCGCGAGAUCGAGUGCCGAGAGGGCGAGGCGCUUGCCCAGCUCGAGGAGAGGAUACAUGCCGCCGAGCAUGAGUUGAUUGUCAGCGCCACAGCCCAGGUCGUUGGCGAGAUAGCCGCUAGCAAACAGACGCGGAAAGAGUAAACACAUUCUGCCUUGGUUCUUGGCGUGUUGUAGGAGUAGGGGUGAUGAUAUUCGUAGCAAAAAAAAAAAAAGGCGUGAAGGAUAAUGCGAAACCGAUGAUCAAAAAGGAUACAAAUGGCGCGUCGUACAUAUCCCGGGAAAUCCCUUCGGAAAUGAAAUAAGGAAAAUACCAAGGAAAACACACCGAUACCCAUAUACUCAAAUUUCCGUACUUGCAAUAGUACUUGUCCAACUGUUACUAAUAGUACCAAUAUGUGUUUUUACUUGGGGAACG